AUGUGCACCGUUCGUCAAUCUGUCCACAUCCUGGUCCGUCCACCCGGCCGUCGCCUGCCCUGUCUGCAGGUCACCGCACCACUUCGCCUACCUGCGCCCGCCUUCGCACGCUGCCGACUUUCCUGACUCCGCAGCCUUGCCAACGCACCUUUCAACAUCCGUCCGGCCGUCGCCUGCUGAGCCUGCACGUCACCGCCCCCUGUCCGCCGAUCCGCGCCGGCCUGUUCAACUCACGCCCGCGCGCCGCCGCCUCCACGCCGGGACUCUGGCUAUCUGCCCUCCAGUCUUGCUGAGCCAAUGCCUCCACUUAGUCACCAGCAGCUUGCCGCCGCCGUCCUCAUGUUCCAUCGGCCAUCAAGAGUAUCGCCCAUGCAUGACGCCCGCCGUUCGCAACCUGAGUCUCGUCGCUAUGGACUCCCUCGCUCAUCAACACUCGACAUUGCAGAUAGGUUUCCCCUCGUGUCCGCUGUCCAACACAGCCCCUCUCAGAGCCUCGAUGGCCCGCUUGGAGUUCGGUUCUGUAGCUUCGCAAUGUGCCCGCCCGGUUCUCAGACCCGCUGUGCGCUCCCCUGCUAGAACCUCGCCCGACUCGCGCGCUCUCGCGCCUCUCUCCCUCUUCUCUAUCGUUUCGUCUCACCAUUCAGAUUGCUGAGAUUCGCUAGAGAACAGGUCCGUUGUAAUCACAUCAUCGUUUCGUCUCACCAUUCAGAUUGCUGAGAUUCGCUAGAGAACAGAUCGCUCGGCUGCGCCGCGGCUGCCUCUCCAGGCCGCGUCUUCACCGCCUCGCGACUUCUCGACCGGGGAGCACUUUGCUACGUCGUCCUGCCUCGCAACCUCCCGAAACGAUCCGGUCCGUGCCGCCUCACGAUUCUCCAGCGACCCCCCGGUCCCAACUUAACAAUUUUCACCUCGGCGCCUUCGCCUUCGCAGCCAAGCCGUCGCCCUCCUGCCUCGCGCCGGCCUGCUCAACUCACGCCCGCGCGCCGCCGCCUCCACGCCGGGACUCUGGCUAUCUGCCCUCCAGUCUUGCUGAGCCAAUGCCUCCACUUAGUCACCAGCAGCUUGCCGCCGCCGUCCUCAUGUUCCAUCGGCCAUCAAGAGUAUCGCCCAUGCAUGACGCCCGCCGUUCGCAACCUGAGUCUCGUCGCUAUGGACUCCCUCACUCACCAACACUCGACAUCGUAGAUAGGUUUCCCCUCGUGGCCGUUGUCCAACACGACCCCUCUCAGCACCCGAAUGACCCACUUGGAGUUUGCCCUUGA